AUGAGACCAGUUUUGCGAGCCACGAAGCUCUGCGCGGCGGCGACACGCCUUGCGCCGGGCCAUGGCUUUGCAACAUCCUCCCCGGCCGCCUACCAGGCGACACGCUCGAGAGAUUCUACCAAAUACUCACCCCCCGACCGCGCAAAAUCCAAAUACGAUGUCUUCAGGACAAUGAUUCUCACUCAGUUCAACGUCGUCAUCGAGAACAUGGGGCGAUGGGCAGAGACGAACACCGAGUACCGUAACUUUGGCAUUCGGAGCGAGUAUGGUCUCAACAAUGAGAUUAGUCUCUUCCGCGAUACCAUACAGAAAGCGAUACAGAUGGCCAACAAGGGCGCUACGUUGCGCAAGGAGAACCCGUUAUUCUGGUCCCUACGAAACGCCUUCAUCCGUGGCGACGUCAAGGGCCUGACGUCGGAGCUGCGUUAUUCGUUCCAGAGCUUUAUGUUGCGGUCAAAACUAUCAAACUCGACGACGCGGCAGAAGAAGUUGGCUGAUUUGCGGUUUCCAAUGGAGUGGUUCCCUGCCACACGAGCCAUGCAGCGCACAAUUCACCUGCACGUCGGACCGACAAACUCUGGAAAGACUUAUAGGGCGUUACAGGCACUAAUGAACUCCAAAUCCGGCAUAUAUGGAGGGCCCCUUCGUCUCCUGGCCCACGAGAUAUACUCUCGAUUCCAGGCCAAGGGGAAGGCCUGCGCCAUGAUCACGGGCGAGGAGCAGCGCAUACCAGAUGCGGAUAACUACUUCAUCAGCUGCACCGUUGAGAUGACGCCUCUAAACCGAAUGGUUGAUGUGGCAGUUAUAGACGAGAUCCAGAUGAUCGGCCACAAUGAGCGAGGGUGGGCGUGGACACAGGCUUUCCUUGGCGUCAUGGCGAAGGAGGUUCACCUUUGUGGUGAAGAGCGGGUCGUCGACCUCAUCAAGUCAAUUUGCGCGAGCAUCGGCGACAAGUGCAUUGUCCACAGGUACCAAAGGCUGAGUCCAUUGCAAACGAUGAAGAAGAGUCUUGGCAACAAUCUCGCCAACCUGGAAAAGGGCGACGCCGUUGUGGCAUUCACGCGCGUCAACCUGCACGGUCUAAAGAAUGCCAUCGAAGAGAAAACCGGCCGUCGGUGCGCAAUCGUCUACGGUUCGCUGCCACCCGAGACUCGAGCGCAACAAGCGGCUCUGUUCAACGAUCCCGACAAUGAUUACGAUUUCUUGGUUGCUAGUGAUGCCAUCGGCAUGGGCCUGAACUUGGAGAUCAAGCGCGUCAUCUUCGAAACUUCGACGAAGCACGACGGCACUCAACAUCGUAUCCUGACAACGUCCGAGGUCAAGCAGAUUGGCGGCAGAGCAGGAAGAUAUAAGACAGCUCGACAGGCGGCUACUACAGAAACUGAUGGCAAUGACCAUGUCGAGGAGAAGAAGAUGGGCUACGUCACGACACUCGCCGAUGAAGAUUUACCCGCGAUUGCGAAGGCGUUCAAUACCGACGCUGAGCCGCUCGAGGCUGCAGCCAUCCAGGCACCAUCGUUCAUCAUCGAACAGUUCGCCGAAUACUUCCCUCCAGAUACGCCCCUCAGCUUCAUCCUCCUGCGAUUGCGCGAACUCGCACCCGUCUCGGAGCGCUUUACGGUCUAUGUUCCAGAAAUCAGCAUCCAGAUCGCAGACACUAUUCAGGAGUUCCCCAUGACGAUCCAAGACCGCAUCACCCUUCUCCACGCCCCGAUUACGCUUCGGCAGGCUGGGCAUACGGAGAUUGCAAGGGCCAUUGCCAAGUGCAUCUCCACGAGGAGCGACGGUGCCCUGUACGAUAUUCAGCCCAUCCAGUUGGAGCUGCUUGACGCCACGCUUGAAGACUUCAACAACCAGGGUAGGCGAUACCUGCACGCUAUCGAGUCCCUGCACGCGGCCCUCACCCUUUAUCUGUGGGUGAGCUACCGCUUCCCCCACAUAUUUACGAGCCAGGCGCUGGCGUUCCACGUCAAGGACGCCGUCGAGGAGAAGAUUGAGUUCUACCUCGAGAACAACGCCGUCUUCGACCCCGAUGUACACGGCAAGAUCCGCGAAAAACGACGCAAGGCGGCGCUUGCGAAGGAAAUGGAGGUGGAGCUGCUCAAGCUCCAAGAAGACGAAAGGAAUGCAGAGGAGCUGGCUAGUCGUACGCCUUCUGACGACGACUCUGUCGAUGACGACCAGAGCUCUGCGGGGCUUGAGGAGCCUCUGGUGGCGGAUGAGAGAGACUAUGAAGGGCUGGAAGAGAAGCCCAGACAUGAGUCUGUCGCUUAG